ACGAGUGUUUUUUUUUCGUGUUGUUGUUGUACUUCGCGCCUGCCAGCGUUCGUUCGUCCGUUCUGGGUGUAGCAAAAAAAAAAAGAGUAUAUUCUGUGUUUGCUCGCCUUUUAUUCGCGCGUUUAUUAUAAAUAAAUUUUGUGUCUCUGUGCCAUAUGUAUGCGUACAUGUAUCUGCGUGCAGUAAAGGGGGUCGAAUGCCGUGGAAAAUGUGUGCACAUAUUUGCGUGUGUUGAAGCAACUUGAAAUUUAUUGUUUGUUUUCUGAAAUAUCUAGUGUGAGAAGCGGAGCAAGGAAUUAGUACACACACGAUUGUGUGCGAUUGUUUUGAUUGGUUCCGGAAGGGAAGGAAGGAAGAAGACGAAGAAGCAGCAGAAGAAGUGGUGGAGAUUGUGAGAGUGUAUGGUUGAUGGAAGCCUACUAAGAUAAAGUGGAAUUGUGAGAGCAAACGAAAGUGUGAUUAACCAAAGGAUAUACGGCGUGUGCAGAGCAGGAUCGAAGGAGGCGAAAGUUGCUUAAUUUGUUCGGCAAGAAGCGCAGCAGGCAACCUCGAGGUAGAGGUUCCAGGAAAAGGAAACCAGAACCAUGUCGGAGCACCAUCGUGGUGCCUGGGGUACGCGGGAAGACGCCGUGUGGUGGCCCGGGGGUAUUUCGUCGACGGACCAGCAAACGAUCCAGCACCAUCAACAUCUACUUAACCAGCACCACCAGCAGCAACUGGCCCAGCAACAACUCCAGCAACACGUGCAACAGCAGCAGCAACAACAACAACAGCAACAGCAGCAACAACAACAGCAACAGUCACACAGUAACGAUGUUGCUCGAAGCAAUAGUACAACGUCGACGUCCGCCACGCAGCAGUUGUUCUCCUACAAGAUGGCCAACAGUUUUCAGAACCCGGUCACGAGUCUGUCCGGCGUCACGGUGUCCACCUCGAACAGCCCCUACGACUACCGUCUCGGGAUGAGCGCUGCGGCGGCGUCCGGCGUCGUGUCGAGGCCCGGCGAUCCGCCGACCAUGGCCAGCACAGCCCCGACGACCCAGUGGUGGUACCCCGGUGGACAGAACGCCAUCGACAACAGUCUGCAACAGCAGCAGCAACAACAACAGCAACAGCAGCAACAACAACAUCAGGUACAACAACAACAACAACAAAGCCAACAGCAACAGAGCCAACAUCACCAACAAGCUCAUAACCAACAGACCCAAUCGAAUCAAACACACGUGCAGCAGGCGCAAAACAAUGCGAUCCAGAGCAAAAUAGGCGGCGGCGGAGGGGGCGGAGGCGGCGGCAACCGGCCCGUCAAGGACAAUAAGCCAAGGGGGCGCAUGACAGCGUAUGCCUUUUUCGUACAAACCUGCCGCGAGGAGCACAAGAAGAAGCACCCGGAGGAGCAAGUCAUAUUCGCCGAGUUCUCGCGGAAGUGCGCCGAGCGGUGGAAGACGAUGCUGGACAAGGAAAAGCAGCGCUUCCACGAGAUGGCCGAGAAGGACAAGGCGCGGUACGAGCUGGAGAUGCAGAGUUACGUUCCACCGAAGGGCACCGUCGUCGGCAAGGGCAAGAAGCGGAAAGCGUUCAAGGACCCGAACGCGCCCAAGCGGUCACUCUCUGCGUUCUUCUGGUUCUGCCACGAGGAGCGAAACAAGGUUAAGGCACUGAACCCCGAGUACGGCGUCGGCGACAUCGCGAAGGAGCUCGGCCGGAAGUGGUCCGACAUGGACGCCGAGGUCAAGUCCCGGUACGAGCAGAUGGCGGAGAAGGACAAGGCGCGGUACGAGGCGGAAAUGACCGAGUACAAGCUAAAGUGCAAAAAUGAGCAGGGCGGCCAGGUGCAAGGCCAGGCGCUCAACCUCGGCGGUCUCCAGAACCUGCACGUGCAGCAGGCGGCAGCGGCCCAGCUGCAGGCCCAGGUCCAGCAGCAGCUGGCGGCCCAGGCAGCGGCAGCGGCUGCGGCGGCGGCGGCCCAUCACGCUGACGACGAUGACGAUGACGAGGGGGACGAGGAUGAUAACGAGUAAAAUCAAGCUUUCGAUUUGUAUUAUAAAUAUUUUCUUACGAUGAUAUUAAGUAACCGGCAACAACAGCAACAACAACAACAACAACAACAACAGCAGCAGCAGCAGCAACAACAGCAACAACAACCACUAGCGGCAGCAGGUCACUCUUCCCUGCUCGCCAGUCUGAUCAAUCAUCGUCGGCAGCAGCCCAAAAAUCAACAGCAACAGCCGCUGCCGCCGCCGCCGCC